AUGAGCCCCAAACCCACCAGUCCCAGGCCGACGGCUCAGCGUAAAAUCUUCUGCUACUCUCACUCAGCGAGGGCCAACUCUGCGUGUCCUUUCCUCCUGAGCCAGUCUGUCAGCGUAGAGGGAUUAACAGACCCCCCCGAGAGACCUAAGACUCUAAAACCAUCAGCUAGCCCCGUGGGUGUCAGCCUCAGCCCCGUGGAUGCAGCCGAAGGCAGAAUAGAAACCCAGUCACAAAUCAGUGCCAUCGACUCUAUCAACGAAUUAGAGGGAUCUCAAAACAGUGGCCGACCUCGCAGCCAGUCCAAAACAAGAAGGCAGUUGGAGGUGAAGAGCGAGGGGAAGCCCUCUGUGGUUCCCUGUGGGCUGAGGACUGGCUGCUGGGUGGAUGUGUUCCGUGACGGAGGGGGCCAGCAGCAAAGGAAAACGUUCUCAGACGACCUCUGGAUCGAAGAGCAGAAGAAAAACAAACGCAAACUGGCCCGAGCCAUCCGGGGGAGCCUGGGCCAGCUCCACACGCUGUUGUCCGAAGACUCGGACAAAACUGAUGCUGGAGUGAGCUUGGGUCCCAUUGAGGCCUUUCGUGGGAUGCCCCUCAAAUCGCACUGCUUCUCUCAGAGCACCCCCAUCGGUCUGGACUGCCUCGGCUGGAGGCGACACAUCUCCUACUUCUCCGUGGUGGUCCCUGACGGAGCGUCAGAUAAGUCGGGUCACGGGGACGAUCUGGGCAGCGAAGAGGAUCUGCUGUACGAAGAGUUUCGCGGUUCUGGACAUCGCUUUGGACAUCCGGGAGGAGGCGGGGGCGAGCAGCUAGCCAUCAAUGAGCUGAUCAGCGAUGGCAGCGUGGUGUACGCCGAGGCGCUCUGGGAUCACGUCACCAUGGACGACCAGGAGCUGGGCUUCAAGGCCGGGGACGUCAUCGAGGUAGUGGAUGCCACGAACAAGGAGUGGUGGUGGGGUCGCAUCAUGGAGAGCGAGGGCUGGUUCCCUGCCAGCUUUGUACGGUUGCGUGUGAACCAGGACGAGCCCAUGGAGGAGUAUCUGGCCCACCUGGAGGGGGCUCAGGCUGGAGAGGAGAACCGGGCUGGUAUGGGUAUGUUGCUGGGACCCGGUUUACCCUGCAAAGAACAGAUGAGGACCAACGUCAUCAAUGAGAUCAUGAGCACGGAGAGAGACUACAUCAAGCACCUGAAGGACAUCUGUGAGGGUUACAUUAAACAGUGCCGCAAGAGGACGGACAUGUUCACUGAAGAGCAGCUCCGGACCAUCUUUGGCAACAUCGAGGAGAUCUACCGGUUCCAGAGGAAGUUCCUGAAAGGUCUGGAGAAGAAGUUCAACAAGGAGCAGCCGCACAUCAGUGAGAUCGGCUGCUGCUUCCUGGAACACCAAACAGAUUUCCAGAUCUACUCAGAGUACUGCAACAACCACCCCAACGCCUGCGUCCAGCUCUCUAAGGUCAUGAAGGUCAACAAGUACGUGUUCUUCUUCGAGGCCUGCCGACUCCUCCAGAAGAUGAUCGACAUCUCGCUGGACGGCUUCCUGCUCACUCCGGUUCAGAAGAUCUGCAAGUACCCGCUGCAGCUGGCGGAGCUGCUCAAAUACACCAACCCACAGCACAGGGACUACAAAGAUGUGGAGGCGGCCUUAAACGCCAUGAAGAACGUGGCGAGGCUCAUCAACGAGCGGAAACGGCGCCUUGAGAACAUCGACAAGAUCGCCCAGUGGCAGAGCGCCAUAGAGGACUGGGAGGGAGAUGACGUCCUCAGCAGGAGCUCUGAUCUCGUCUUCUCAGGAGAGUUGAGCAAGCUGUCCCAGCCUCAGGCCAAGAGUCAACAGAGAAUGUUUUUCCUCUUUGAUCAUCAGAUGGUGUACUGCAAAAAGGACCUGCUGAGGCGGGACAUGCUGUACUACAAGGGUCGGAUGGACAUGGACCACAUGGAGGUGAUAGACGUGGAGGACGGAAAGGAGAAGGACUUCAACAUCAGCGUGAAAAACGCCCUGAAGCUGCGGUCGCUGGCUGGAGACGAAGUCCACCUGCUGUGCGCCAAGAAGCCGGAGCAGAAGCAGCGCUGGCUCCGGGCCUUCGCUGACGAGAGGACUCAGGUCCAGCAUGACCGCGAGACAGGCUUCUCUCUCACGGAGGUCCAGAAGAAACAGGCCAUGCUUAAUGCCUGUAAAAGCCAUCCAGCUGGGAAACCCAAAGCAGUGACCAGGCCGUACUACGACUUCCUGCUGAGACAGAAGCACCCCUCCCUCCCCACGGCGGUGCCCCAGCAGCAGGUGUUCAUGCUGGCCGAGCCCAAGCGCAAAACCUCCACCUUCUGGCACAACAUCGGCAGACUGACACCCUUCAAGAAGUAAAGGAGGAUAGAAAUCAGAAAGGAAAGGAUGGGAUGAAGGAACAGAGGAGGAGGAGGAGGAGGAGGGCUCCCUGCUCGUGCCUGAUAGACCCUUUUAUUCUCUCUUUUCUUUCCUACUCGUAACGUUGCCCUAAUACUGAUCC